GAACAGAGGGACAGAGGAAGAGAGGGACAGAGGGACAGAGGAACAGAGGGACAGAGGGACAGAGGAACAGAGGGACAGAGGGACAGAGGGACAGAGGGAAGAGAGAUAAAGGAAAAGAACACGUUAAUUGAGAAAUACCGGAGAAAUUCACAUUCCCAGACGACACGAAGACGGAGGGGGAAAUACUAUUGUUCAAAGAGGUCUAGAACAAGAGAAAGAGAGAGAGAGAGACAGAGAGAGAGUGAGAGAGAGAGACUGAGAGAGAGAGAGAGAGAGAGACAGAGAGAGAGUGAGAGAGAGAGAGAGACUGAGAGAGAGAGAGAGAGAGAGAGAGAGAGAGAGAGAGAGAGAGACAGAGAGAGAGAGAGGGGAACAGCGUCCCAUUGACUCCACAGGGUACACAUUCUCUACUGCGUCAGCAGAACAGAAGGAGUGAUCCUCCACACACUUCUCCUUUCAUCCAACCAUCCAUCCAUCUGUCUGUCUGUCCAUCUAGUGAAGAAUAGGAGGAGAGAUGAAGACAUCUCAUAAUGACUAUAGUUCUCCAGACUCUGAUGACAUGGACGGGCUGAUCGAUGUGGGACAGGAAGACGGCUCCUGUCCAGUCACUGGGUCCAUGUCCCCAGGUAGCACGUCCCAGAUUCUGGCCCGGAAGAAGAGAAGAGGGAUUAUAGAGAAGAGGCGCAGAGACAGGAUCAACCACAGUCUAUCAGAGCUUCGGAGACUGGUGCCCAGCGCCUUGGAGAAACAGGGCUCGUCUAAGCUGGAGAAAGCAGAGAUUCUGCAGAUGACGGUGGACCACCUUAAGCUGCUGCAUGCCAUGGGGGGCAAAGGGUACUUUGAAGCGCGGGUCCUGGCUGUGGACUAUAGGACCCUGGGAUUCAGACAGUGUGUAGGAGAGGUGGUUCGGUACCUGGGCUCUUUAGAAGGAGGGGUGGACUCCCCGGACCCUAUCGGAGCCCGCCUGGUCUCCCACCUCUCCCACUGCGCCAGCCAGCUGGACCCCCUUCUCCUUCAGUCGCCCCCCACCUCCUCCGCCCUCCCUUUUCCUCCCUGGCCGUGGAUCUCCUCCUAUCACCAGAUGUCACCUGUCUCGUCUCCCACCUCUCCAUCUUUCUCCGCGAGGCGGAGGGAGCUGGCACGCCUGGGGGGUGGGUGUUAUCCAUCCCGCUCAGCCGACACCCUGUGUCUCGCCCCCCUGGGGUGCCAACAGGGGUCCAUGCUCGCCCCUGCCUUGGUGUCUGGGCUUCGCAGGGUGCCCUCUCUCCCACCACCUUCCUCCCCUGCCCUCACCGCCACCCCCACUCACAGACUCACUCAGCAGUCCCCUGGAGCCUCACUCCUCCUCACCUCCUCUUCCUCCUCCUUUCCCACGGCUCCUCCACAAGUCAGACCCUUUGUCCCUCUGGGGUCUCCCGCGGGUCAGCGCAGGGGCAAAGCUGCAAAGACCUGGGGGACUGAGAUAGGAGCCUUCUGAUCCAGAACCUGUCAACACGAUGCACUGUGUAAAGUUUGCUCUUAACCACAGAUCUGGGAUCAGAUUACCCAACCAUUAACCCAGUGGAGGCUGCAGAGGGGAGGACGGCUCAUAAUAAUAUCUGGAACGGAGCAAAUGGAACGGUAUCAAACACAUGGAAACCAUCUCUCUGUCUCUGUCUCUCUCUCUCU